CCGCUAGUCAUGGCCUUUCCUGUCUCCGGCUACUCGCCCAGUUUCAAAAGACCCCCCGAGAUCUUGCGCCUGCGACGCAAGCGGGCCCGGACCCAUGAAGCUGCUGCCUCCUCGUCCCCAGAGCUGCCGGGCCCGCGCCUCGCCGCCCUCACAGCGGGGUUGCCCCUCCGCCCUUUCCCGGCCGCGGCGGGCAGAGGCCGCUGCGCGCCUGAGCCCCGCCGGAACCCCUUCGCCCGCCUAGAUAACCGGCCUCGGCCUGCCACGCAGUUCUGCGGCCAGCAAGAGGUGUCGGCCCCGGUUUUAGAUUCUAAUCGAGAAAAUGACUUGCUAUGGGAAGAGGCGUUACCUGAAAGAACUGUUACUGAACUACACCAGACUCCACAUGCAUUAUUCUCUGAAUCAGAUACUCUCCUUCCAAAAAGUAAAGAGUUACCUGUAGACUGGAGUAUUAAAACUCGACUCCUUUUCACCUCUUCUCAACCCUUCACCUGGACAGAUCAUUUGAAAGCACAGGAGGAGGCACAAGGUCUUAUGCAGCAUUGUAGGGCAGCAGAGGUUACUUUGCCUCAAAGUAUACAGGACCCCAAAUUCUCUACUGAGCUCCGUUGUGCCUUCCAGCAGAGCCUUGUCUAUUGGCUCCACCCUGCCUUUUCUUGGCUAUCACUGUUUCCUCGUAUUGGAGCUGAUAGGAAAAUGGCUGGAAAGAUAAGCCCUUGGUCAAAUGAUGAAACCUUGCAACAUGUACUAAUGAGUGACUGGUCUGUGAGCUUUACUUCUCUGUAUAACCUGCUGAAGACAAAACUCUGCCCCUAUUUCUACGUUUGCACCUAUCAGUUUACUGUCCUGUUCCGGGCAGCCGGACUAGCAGGAAGUGAUGUGAUCACAGCUCUCAUAUCUCCCACAACUAGAGGUUUAAGAGAAGCUAUGAAAAAUGAAGGUAUUGAAUUUUCUCUGCCUUUAAUAGAAGAUGAUGGUCAUAAGAAGAAAACUUAUGGAACAAGCUCAGGACGUGGGGAGGAGCAAGCAAUCAGUGAUGAAGAUGAAGAGGAAAGUUUUUCUUGGCUGGCAGAGAUGGGCGUGCAUGAUAAAAUUAAAAAGCCAGAUGUACUCUCUAUCAAGCUGCGUAAAGAGAAACAUGAAGUCCAAAUGGAUCACAGACCUGAGUCCGUUGUUUUGGUGAAAGGAACCAACACCUUUACAUUGCUCAACUUCUUGAUCAACUGCAAGAGUUUAGUUGCUACCUCAGGUGCACAGGCAGGACUUCCACCAACCCUUUUAUCACCUGUAGCAUUCCGAGGUGCCACAAUGCAAAUGCUUAAGGCACGGAGUGUUAACGUGAAGACACAGGCUUCUACUGGGUAUCAAGAUCAAUUCUCUUUGGAGAUUACUGGUCCAAUUAUGCCGCACACUCUACAUUAUCUAACGAGCCUGCUCAGAUCUUCACAGAGUGGGUCAUUUUCUGCAGGACUGUAUCCACAUGAACCAACAACUGUAUUUAAUAUCUGCCUGUCAGUGGAUAAAGUACCAACUAAAGAAGUUGCGAAUAAGGAGCUUGCGAACUGUGGGUUGCACCCUAAGACGCUGGAACAACUUAGUCAAAUACCAUUACUGGGGAAAUCAUCUUUACGGAAUGUGGAAAUGAAUGACUACAUUUGUAAUUGGAGAUCCUGAACACCAAAGUAAGCCUAAAAGGAAUCUUUGAGGAAAAAAAUCUCCUAGCAAGGAAAUUCAAGAUUCUUUACCUUUGUCUUUAAAGAAAGGAAUAUAUUUUACAAUAUUGAAAUGUUUAGAACAUUCACUUCUUACAUUAGUUUUAUUAUUUACAUGCAUUGAGCAAUAUAAAGGUUUUAAAUGAACAUGAUUUUACUGUUUCAUACUAGAUUUUCAGGUAUGAAGAUGCAGUUUUUCUUAAGCCCCAGGUAACUUGAAUGAGGAAUCUAUAAGCCUACAAGCAAUUUGUAAAUGGAGUAGAAAAUCAAAUUAAACUCAAUGUUUCCUUACAAAUGACAAAUUGAGACUAAAUCUGUAGCAGUUAUUUCAUGAAACUAAAAGUACAACUUACCUGAGAACAGGUUACUGUUUUAUAAAAGUAGAAAAUGAUGUAGACACCAUGUCUGAGCUGAUUAUAGAUGCUUUCAGUGUCUUAAUCAUUUAUAGUUCCUCUAUUCUUAAAUAUAAAUUUGCUUUUUAAAUACAUGCUAAUAAACUCAGAUAAGAGAUUAUUUUGUACUCCAUAUAAACAGCAUUAAGACUUCUUGGAUGUUCAGCUGUAAUGGCAAAGUACUAUUUAAUGUGUUUACAAGGUGCCUGGGCAUGUUUGUGUGUGUGUGAGUGUGUGUUUGAAAUUGUUUAAAUAAACAUACUUAGAUAAUAGUA